UCUUUACUUUGCUUUUUUCUUUUCUUUUCUUUUCUUUUCUCUCUCUCUCUUUUUGUCUUCUUAUCAAAACCCUCAUCACCCUCUCCUUCAUUUUUGUCUCUCUCCCUCCACAAAAAUCUUGCCCAUAGCUCUCUCUCUGUCUCUCCUUCUCUUAGCUCUUUCUUUUGCUCUAAUUAAAUUAAGAGGGAGAAGAGACAGAUGGCUCCUGUUUCAUUGCCUCCUGGUUUUCGCUUUCACCCUACCGAUGAGGAACUUGUUGCUUACUAUCUCAAAAGAAAGAUCAAUAACCUUAAGAUUGAACUAGAGAUCAUUCCUGAAGUUGAUCUUUACAAGUGCGAACCUUGGGAUUUGCCAGGAAAGUCAUUGUUACCUAGUAAAGAUCUAGAGUGGUACUUUUUUAGCCCUAGAGAUCGUAAGUACCCUAAUGGAUCAAGGACUAAUCGUGCUACGAAAGCUGGUUAUUGGAAGGCCACAGGAAAGGAUAGAAAAGUGAACUCUCAAAUGCGUUCUGUAGGAAUGAAAAAAACCCUAGUUUACUAUAGAGGUAGAGCUCCUCAUGGUGCUAGAACUGAUUGGGUUAUGCAUGAAUAUCGCCUCGACGAAAGAGAAUGCGAAACUCCUUCUGGUCUUCAGGAUGCAUACGCACUUUGUCGUGUGUUCAAAAAGAGUGCAAAUAUUCCAAAAAUUGGAGAGCAUUUUGCCUCAACAUCAAAUCAUCAAAUGGCUAGUGAACAUUCUUCUAGUAUUGAAUUAUAUUCUGAAGGAAGAUGUGAAGAUUUUGAAAGUUCAAACUACCACAUGCCGAUAGACACAAGUUCACCUAGCGUUGCCAACGGAUCCCCUCUUCAUGUAGGAGACUCAAGAGAUGGGAAAUGGAAGCAAUUCUUAUCAGAAGAUGCUUUUAGCUUCUCCUCUCCAUCAUUUUCAAGUUACAAUAACGUUCCUUACCCACCAUCAAAGGUUGACAUAGCAUUAGAAUGUGCAAGGUUGCAACACAGGUUUUCAUUGCCUCCACUAGAAGUAGAGGACUUCCCUCAAGUAGGACUAACUGACAUGAAAGUGAUGCACUCAACUUCAAUGCACCAAAACACAAAUAGAACAGAUAUUCUGCAAGAAAUCCUUUCUGUGGCUCAUGCAUCUCAAGAACUGAUAAAUCAGUCCAAUCUUCAAGAUUCAUGGGGUGGACAUUAUUCUCAUGAUACUAAUGAUUUCACUUUCGUAGCCGGGAAUAACGAUGUUCAUGGUAACUUGUAUGCUGACAUGAACUCAAUGAGAUGUAUGGAGAAAUCAUGGGGAGAUCCUAAUUUAAGGUCUAUAGAGAUUGGAAAUUUUGAUGAUGAUUUCAAGACUGAGAGGAUGUCAGAAAAUUUGAGAUGGGUUGGAAUGUCAAAUGAAGAAUUAGAGAAGAGUUUUGCAGAGGAACACAAAAUUGUCCCAAUAGAAAACAUUUCAAAUUUCCCCAGAAGGGAGGGGCAUGAACUUCAAGGAGAAACUGAGAAUCGGGAAGACUGCAUGGUAUUCAAUGAAACAGAUGAUUAUUCACUUGGAUUCAUCAAUGACGAUCCGAAUGGUAACUUUAUAGAUGAAGGCAAUAUGAAUGCUUUAGCUAGUUCGCCAAGCUUCGAGGUAGUUGAAGAGAUCAAAGUUAAUCAUGGAAUGUUUGUUUCGACUUGCCAAGCAGCCGAGACAUUCUUUCACCAAGUAGUGCCUUCUCAAACUGUUAAGAUCCAUCUAAAUCCAGAAUUUAAUGAUGACUUCUCAAUAGAGAAAGUAUACAUGCAAACCCCACAUGAAACAAGGUGCAAGAAUCUUACCAGGCAGAAUAAUUUCAUGGGAAUUAGCUACAGAUCGAUACAAUAUAACUGGAAGAAACUAGCAAGAAAUGUUGUUUGCAUGAUUAUGGUUCUCUUGAUGCAUUGUUUUUAUGUGGGAAAUGAGAAAGUUAUGAACGGGUUCAUGGAAAGUGGUUUUGGAGGAGAGAAGGAUUACCCUAGCAAUAUCAAGAACAAAGAAAUUCUAGAAAGAACCAAGUGGAGUGAGAAUAAGGAAAAGGAUUUGUUGGUUAUAAUAAGAGGUAGGAAUAAAUUAAGUGUGUUCCUCAAGAAGUUAGGGCUUUUUCUAACCAUUUCUUUAGCACUUUGUACGAUGUGGGUGAACCAUCUUAUGCUUACCUCUUGAAUCAUUUCUUUUUUUUUUUUAAUUUAAUUUUCUUCUAAAAAUAUAUAUAUAUGUAGAAUUGAUAAUUUGGGAUAGAAAUAGUACCUUCUCUAAAGUUGAAGGUAGGUUCCUCCUUAUGUGUUUUCAUUAUUGAUGCAUACCUUAUCAUAUACUUGUAAUUCAAUAACUGUAACUUAACUAGAUUAAUGGAAUUUUCAUGGUAUUGAUUCAA